UCUCAUGGAAUGAAUUGUUGUGCCCAAAAAUCUUCAACCUAAAACUUACUAUGAUGGGGAAAAAAGCAAGUGUGUUCCUUGUGAGUUUAUUGCUUUUGAUAGGUUUGUCAAAACAAGAUGCUUUUGACUAUUUUCAAGUGGUGCAUGAAUGGCAGCCAGCCAUAUGCAACCUUGGAAACAGCUGCAAAAUACAACCGAAGAACGAGUUUGGUAUUCAUGGUGUAUGGCCUAGUGUCUACUCCAAGGGCCAAAUUGGACCUUGCUGCGGCCCCUCUUUUGACCCCCUCAAAAUCAUCUCAUUACAAGACCGGAUGAACCAAUACUGGAAAGAUUUGGAGAACGGGAACUCGAUAGAAGCAUGGGCGAGUAAGUGGGAAAUGCACGGAACUUGCUCCGCGGCUGGGUUUGAUCAGUUCAAGUAUUUCUGCUUGGGUCUGGAUACCUACGGUCGCCAUGCCAUUUUUUCAUUUCUAGACCGUGAAGGAUUGGCUCCCAGCUCUAGCAAGUAUGUAGCCAAGGCUAGCUUUAUCACAGCCAUCGCAAACUCGACCUUGAAGAAGGGUGGCGUCAUCUGCGCAGUUGAUCAAUAUCGUCGAAUACAACUUCAAAAGGCGGUUUUAUGUUAUGUCAAAGAUGGUCAUACUCUCAUUGACUGCCCAGAUAACGUUAGCAGUUCCUGUCCUGAUAACUUCGUGUGGCUUGCCUUGGGUGAUUGAGAUAUAUGUAAUGAGAGUUUACAAAAACCUUAUGAGUUAAGGUAAUAUAUGUAAUUAAUCUCUAGCUAAUGAAUAAACUGUAUUGGGUUUAAGUGUGGUAUGAGUUAGUUCAUGACAAUCCUGUAAAUAGGAUUGAAAUGUUGUAAUCUAAAUAAUCCAAGUGUGAAGUAAAUUACACAUAAAAGAGUUAAAGUCUUCCAAUAAA